CAAUUUUAAAACAACAACAUAGAAUUACUUUUUAUAGUCCAGUUUAGACGUUGGAAAAUGGUAAAAAUAAGAAAAGUGAAGAAAAAAAACUGGGCUAAACGGCAAAGCUGUUCGUCAAAUCCCUCGAUUAAGUCACACAGAGAUGCCGCAAGGCGUGGGUUUAGACAUGAGAGCCAGGCAGGAUCAAGUCUUACGGUUGAAGCACUGGCAAAACACAACGACAAUAUAGACGAUGAAGACAUUGUUUUGGACGAUGCUGAGACCACGGGGAGGUCUAUGGCUACUGUCAGUAUUAGCGGAUUGACAGAUUGUUCUAACCCAACAUUUUCUGGUGUUUUGAAGAGGUUUUGGCAGUCACCUGGGGCUAACCAUCAGGAAGUAAGGAGUAAAGCUUAAUAUAGACCCGUUGCACUGACGUCACAAAUCCUUUAUAGAGUGUCCUCCAGAUGCUCCCUAACAACAUCUGUUCGGGUACAACAACCACAUACAGCGCAAAAAUUAACCAUUUUAAUACAAAAUUAUUAUAAGCUUUUACAAAUUUGCCUUGUUUAUAAAAGUUAUGUUAUGCAUACCCUGUGAGCAAAGUCCUCUCGUAUUUUUUCUCGGCACGGAGAAGCGAGAGAGACUCUGCAGAACUUGUGUAUAAAUUCAUUUGAGCAUGCGCUUUUAGGUUGCUAGCAACUGCCUAUUUCCCAGAAGAAGAUUUAAUAAGUAGUUUCCGGUUCGGAUCAAAACCGGUAUCAACCUGAAAUUACGCAUAAUUAUCCAAGUUUUUGGAUUGUCAGCUCCACAAAGAACAUACACAAAUUCUGCAGAGUCUCUCUCGCUUCUCCGUGCCGUGCCGAGAAGAAAUACGAGAGGACUUUGCUCACAGGGUAUAUUAUGCAUCUAUAGAUUACCAAUGCAUUGUCACCGGCACUGUGACGUCAUGUGCAAUGGGUCUAUUAAAAGCCCUUAGCCCUAUUUAAAUACAGAUGUUUUGCUUGGUAUUAAAGUAGUAUUUGCUCAUGUGUACAACAACGACCUCACAGAUCAUGGCAUUUUAGUGACAUGAUAACUUUGACCCAAUUACAGCUCCUUGUAAAUCUUCCAUUACAUCGGCUUUGCCAGCGUGGGUGGAGCUGAAACUAUUGAGCAUUUGGUCACAUGUGCACGUUUUGAAAGUUGAAAUGUUUCAACUUUCAAAGCACGGACAUGUGUCACAAGACUGCCCAGUCAUACCAUAACUUUACAACUCAUACUCAAUAGUGUCAGCUUUGCCCGUGCCACAUAAGAGGGAGAGGUCAUUCUUUAAAGCCGCAAAAGCCACAUUCAACAUCUUUCAUAACCAACAUAUAUCCCAUCGACCCUAUAAUCGGAAACAAAUUUUUCUCUCCCCCAUCCGGAUGCCAGAAAUGUCCUCCUUGGCGGGAGUGUGGAUCAUUUCUGGAACUACCCAUUUUGCCAUGUCAGAUAAUUAUUCAUCAUAGGGUGAGUCUUGUGCAUUAAUGGUAAAGGAUGUAACAAACUGUGAACAUAUAAAAAACCUUCAAUGUCUCAAUAGAAACUUUGAACAUUUACUGUUAAGGUGCUGCCUUUUCAUUUCUGUAGUUAUCGUACCUGGAAUAUUCUUUGUGCCCUAAAUGUAUUAAUACAUUAAGUCAGGGAUGGAUCCAGCAUGAUCUGGUAGGGGUGCUCUGGUGCCGACUGCCGAGUUGUGUCAAUCAUGUGUGCCACCCACCCAUCAACUACUUUAUUUGAAUUGUACAGUAAUUGUUGUUCACAGUUCACUUAUCAUCAUGUUAUUACUCAAAUUACUGUAUCUCAUUUUGUCUUUUUUCUUUAUCAUAAAAAAUAGCAACCCCCCUGCACCCCCUCUGGCCAGGGCUAGGGGGGUGCACACACCCCUCAGUAAAUCCAUCCCUGCAUUAAGUGGUUAAAUGUAAUUAUCUUUUUCUCACAGAUUUGUGCUGUUCUUGCUGCUGUUACUGAGGUAAUUUUUCAGAAGUAGUAUAUAAUAGUUAAAUUUCGUUAUGUGAUACAACAUGUUAAGAACCAAAUGAAUUAAAAAAGGCCAGUUAAUUAAAAUUGUAUCAAUUAAUGUAGGUUAUAAGAAAAAAUGGUGGCAAUGAAACAGAAACAGAAUAUUUUGCUGCUUUGGUGGGUCUUUGCUACUUAUUGUUAAAUGUACAUGUGUUGCUACAUUGAAAAGCAAUUGACAAAGAUUGUAUACUAUACUGAAAAGUUUGUAAUCUAUCAUGUUUAUAGAUGACAGCCUUGGAAACGACAGAAGAUGACAACUCAUUGGCUGCCAUUGCCUUUCUUCUCGCCCUUGUUAUAAAAAGGUUCAAACUUUUUUCUUAAAUGUUUUUGCUUUGCAUUGCAUUGCAAGGCCUGACUCUGACAUCACAAUAUUUUCCCAUUCCUAGAGUGCCUGAGUCAGUUUUGCAAGUGAAGUUUUCUGCCAUUUGUCAAGUCCUUUUGAAUAUCAUGGCAGCAAAAGUAGAUUCAAAGUCAACAGCGCUUCUGAAAUCUGUAAGUGAUUACUCAUGAUUAGAUGUACAUUGUAAGUUAUUGCUUUCUAAAUUUUUGCUGUCUUGAUUUAGCUUGUCACAUGUUUGGCAACAGCUUUAAAGGCACAAGAAGCGACAGUUUGGUCAGAGUCGUCCACUUUAAAAUCAUAUCAAGGAUUGUUGAGCUUCACUGUUCAUUCAAAACCAAAGGUUAAUCCUCAUACAUAAUUAUAUAAUGCAAAUGGCAUGUUUUAGUACUGUUUUAACAGGAAUACAGUACAUAGUUGGUCUUGACCUUUUCUCAUAAAGAGCUCCAAUUUUGAUCAUUGCACAGCUGAAGUCUUUGUAAAAGAAUUGGUUAUGAAUAGUAACAAGACUUGUCAAAGUUUUGCUGUCAUACAUAAAAUUUAUCAAGGAAAAGUACUGUAGCUCAUCUGUACAGUAGUAGACUUCUGUUAAAUUAAACAGUAAAGUUGCUGUAAUUUACAAUUCCAUUUGUCAUACAAUCUGUGCGUUUUCAAAGGUGCGGAAAUGUUCACAAGAAUCCGUUGCUGCGAUCAUGAAGUGCAAUCCGGGAGAAUUUCAUCCUGCUUGUCAGGCAACGACUAAAUUCUGCAUCCAAGAACUGGAGAAAUAUAAAGGUAUAGCAAGCUGAUAAACAUGUAUUUCAUAUUAUUAUUGAGCUUGGAUCAAACAAGGAUAAGAGUCGAUGAACAUCUGGAAAGUUGACUAGUGAGAGUUCGUUGAGGAGUUUUAUCUAGUUCAAACAUGCACACAUAAAAACGUGCAAGUUGUUACAGAGUUGUAAACAGUUAUAUUAACAAGGUUGUUAUCAAGCCAGUAUCAGGAUGUGUUUGCAUUGCUUGUUCUCUGUUUUUGUGACAAGUCUGGAACUUGUUAUCAUCUUGUUACAUGCUUCAUAAUGUUAACAAACUUGUCCGCUCAUUUCAACCCCCGGCAUGGUUGUCUUAGGAUGAAUUGAUCUCCAAAAUAAAACUUCAUAAUUUAUGUUUUUAGGCUCAACUCAAGCUGUCUCCGUUCUUCAUGUCCUUGGAUUGUUGAAGACCAUAGUGACGUCAUUGCCUAGCCAGGUAACAUAUCAUCUAUUGAACGUCAUUAAAGAGUGCAGUAUAUUGUCAAGCAUGUUACUUUGACAAAUCUGUUAAAUUACUUCUUUUUUUCAUUUAGCAUGUGAAAUCUCUCUGUGAAACCAUACUGAAAUUGAUGACGUUUGGAAAUAUCGUAUGUACUAGGAAUUUGAUGUUUAUGUUACAGUUAUACAAAUUUGAAAAAGAGCUUAAGAACCAGUGGGCUCUGUGUAUAUCUGUAGUGAGAACUUGAGUCUAAAACAUGAAGCCAAAGAUGGAGCUAUUGGACAACUAUUUUAUACCUUUAUAUUAGCAGUGAACUAUAAAAAAUACAACAUUGCAUCGCAUAAUAUAACUGAGAGAAAGUCACCACCAAAGGCAUCAUCAAUGAUGCUAUUUUUACCUUCUAGAUGUUGUCAAUGAAUUGUAUGCAAGUUUUACACAGGAUGUUUCAAAGUGACCCUCAAUCAACGGCAGUGACAUCAGAGCUUAAUGGGCAAUUAAUUAAUGUGAGUCACAGUACAAUAUAUAACAAUUUUCAUAGUUAUACUUAACAUAGAAAGUGAAUGGAAAAACUAAACUACUAACCAUAACUUUAUUUAUAUGAAAAAACUAAACUACUAACUGUAACUUUAUUUAUACUGGUUAGCUCUAUCAGUCCUAAACUGUUCUUUCUCGACUUGCCAGAUAAUGAUUCAAAUUUUGACUGAUAAGAAUUUAAUGUUUAUACAGGCUCUGUUCGACUAUCAACCCAAUGCUGUCGAUGAACAGCAAGCUGUUGCUUGGUUGACACUCAUGGAAAAAGCGUACUGCAAUUUCCAAAGGUAUAGUCCACAUUUUCAGUGACAAAGUUCAUAUGGGGGCAGAAACAGUCACAUCAUCAUACACAACCAAGGAGUUCAGUCUGUUUUCAGACAAUUUGCAUUUAUCAUUCCAGGUUGGAUGCAGAGUUGUGUGCGGAAUCUUGUGUCAAAUUGUUUGCGUCAUGUAUGACGUUUCUCCUAUCUCAUCAUGCUGUUGUCAAGACGACGGCCGCAAACACAAUGAAGGUUUGUGAUCAAGUGAAGUGUAUAUCAUAAUGGACAAGUGUAUAUCAUCAUUACCAAUAGUCAAUUCCAGCUAUAGACUAAAUUUUGAUCUAGGCAAGAAGAACAAAAUCCAUCACCACAGCUAGAAAGAGCAUGUUAAAAUUAGUAAAAUUGCAAAGUUUGGUUGCGAAAUGUUGUAAAAUGAGGAAAAUAUAGCGCUAUUGCGAAAUUUGCAAAUUUUGUAUUGAUUUAAUCUGUAUUACGCACGGGAAAAUGCCCCACUUUCGGCCCAAAUGUGGUGCAUUUUCCUGCGCGUAACACCAAUUAAUACUUGCAAAUUUCGUAAGGCUUCUUGCUUAGAUCAAAAUUUAGUCUAUACUGUAGCUGGAAUUGCCUAUUAGCCUUUCUCACGCGUCUUCAUACAUGCCUAAGAUCUCAAGUUCAAACUAUGUACCUUUUUCUAGUGUUUGCUUGAGGAGUGUAUUUCCCCAAGGGCUGAAAAGUUAAGUAGGGGUUUAGAAAACAAAGACGCUGCUACCUCUCCUGUGCUGAUAAUAUUGCGGUAAGCCAGUUUUUCUCUUACGGUAAGCCAGUUUUUCUCUUUCUCUUGCGGUAAGCCAGUUUUUGCUCUGUAAUCUGACUUGAUGUGCUUCAAAACUUAUGUAACUAGAUUUUCUGUUUGUUCUCUCCUGGGUACUCGCGUUUCCCUUGCUCACACAACACUAUAAACCCUUCCAUCGUAGAAACACUUCCAUUAUAGCUAUGCUCUGUGAUCAGACAAGUCCAUAUGGUGGUUGCGCCUCCUUUAGAAAACUGUCAUUUUAAGUGUUGCUUUUUACAGGUGUCUUGAGUCUGGUUUAAAAUUGCGCUAUCAGGGAUCAUGGAAGUUAAUACUUGAUGUUAUAAGCAAGUUUUUUGAGGUAAGUUGUGGAUAAGAUAUGGAAAUUUCUGUCUGAACAUCGUAGUAAGACAAUGUGCCGGUAGUUCAAUAAUUUUUUAGCACUGGUUUUGUGUUUCUGCGUGUGUAAAUAUUUUAAAAUCAGUUGGAGGAGGAAAAUCCAAUCAAGAUGAUUUGCAUAGCUAUCAUAUAUUGCGUAUGUUAUUCUAUAAUGUAAAUCCAGCCAUAACCUUUUUCAGGUAUUUGGAAAACUAUGUCCAGAAAGAUUAAAGAAAUGUCUUUUGUCAUUGUGUAACCUGCACAACAGCCAUGGCAUUCAGUGUCGUAGAGAACUGAAGAAAACUGUCGGAAUGGCUUUUCAAAGAAUGGGUCCAAAGUAAGAUCAGUUGUCUAACUUUAUUCUCCCUGGAAAACUCUAUCGCACCUAGAAUAUCGUAAGAACAUUUUUUUAAGAUUAGGACUAUUUAUACAUAUGGUUUUUCAGUCCGUUUGGUUUUGGUUUUCAUUUAUUAACUAAUGAAUAUUUUUCAGAUUUGUUUUAGGAGUUGUUCCUCUGGACUUAGAAAAAGACACGUAAGUAAAAUGGAAUACACGCUUCCGGAAAGUAUGUACGUCACUUUGGCUAUUAGGGGCUCGUUUCCGUGAUUGAGACGUUCAAAAUUGUUGUGUCAGCACUACAUUUACUUUUCGUAGAAAUACGUGUGAGUUUCCCCGAAGUUGGCUGUUGCCUGUUAUGAGGGACCAUGUUCGAGAAACUGAAAUGAUGUUCUUUUUUGAAAACCUCGCUCCACUUGCCAACACAUUAAAAGGAAAAGGUAAACAACUAAAUAUUUGCCUUUACUAUUUUUUAUAUAGAUAAAAAUAAUGAACAGUUUUACAAUUACUUUUAAUUUUUGCUUCAAAUCAAUUCUGUUGAAUGAAGUUGUUGCCAUGGCAUAAAACACAGUUUCACAAGAAGCAUGCAACUGCUUCAACUUUUACCUUCUUUGUCCGCUUUUUCUGUAACCUGAGAGUAAGAUAUCAUUCCAGUAACAUAUUGAGGUCACUAUCAUACUUGUUUUACGUAUACGUUCUUUAAUGCCUAAGGCAAUAACUAUAUUUCAAAAUGUUUAAGAACGAACUUUCUCUAAGCCUCAUGUUAAUAAUAUAAAAAGUCUUACUGUGGUCUGUACAUUGAGCACAAAUAAGUAUAUUGUUUCUGUUAACAGCUGAAAGAUUAAAGGCCAAUGGUAGUGAGUUGGAAGCGAAAGUUUUUGACACUUUAUAUUUACAGGUAUAAUUCAGGGUUGGUAAAUCUUCUUUUAUUAUUUCUUCUUUUUAUUAUUAUUUUUGAUUUUUAUAUUAUUAAUUUGAAAAUCAAGAAAUUUUGUAUUUUAAUAUAUUUUAUAAAAUAUUUUAAUAAUGACAAAAUAAAGUAAUAAAAUAUUACGCUCACCAGUCGAGGUCAUAGUGACGGUAGUAGUAUAGCCCCAGUCGAGAUUCAAGAGCAGGAAUGAUUACGUAAAACUGAUGAAAGUUACUUUAGUAUCUGAACUGCUUCCAAAUUAACACUGCAUGAUAUCUACAACUGAAUAACGCGAUGACGUCACACAAAGAUGUAUAUAUACCAAUAUUACGUCACAUCAUGACGUCAUCGUAUAUUUUUUGAAUGCCAAAAAUCUUUUAUAUUGAAAAUCUUCUUUUAUUAAUAAAAGAAAAUUUAAGAAGAUUUUUUUCUGGAAAAAUCAAACCCUGGUAUAAUUUACACCAGCGGAAGGUUAUAUACAAUUCUAGAUCUAAGCAGAGCAGCUGCAAAAAAUGCAACUAUAGACCUUCUGGCAGGAAAUUUCGGUGUACCAUAUUAUGAUCCCAUUUUCAAAUGGUAUUUUUUAAAUUAUAUUUAGAUUUGGGAUCUUUUGCCGUCGUUUUGUACUAAGCCAACAGACUUGUGUCAGGUAUUAGAACAAAUUUAAUGCUUGUGAUUCUUCGUUGCAUUUAAAUGAUUCUUUAGUCGAUUUAUGUGCUUUGAAAUUCUAAUAUUUCGACUAGAAUUUAGAACCGUGCAGUUUAUCAGUUGACGUUAUUGACCUUUUUAUCGGCUCUUCUGUAGAACUUCAAAUCUGUGGCGAAAACUCUGGGGUCUCUGUUGAACGAGAGAAUAGAUCUACGAGCAAAAAUUUGCCAUGCCAUUCGACUUCUGAUUUCCAAAAAUCUUGACAAUGGUUAGUAUGGGAAUUUUUAUAAAUCAGGUGUAAUUUACUACAGUAUGCAUGGUUCCAUUGUAUUUUUGUAUCUUUGUUAUAGAGGAGAAUAUAAAAGAGCUUGCGAGAUUUGCGAAGAACUAUCUUCCUAUCCUGUUUAAUAUUUACACGGCAUGUGAGGAGAAGAACGAUUCAAUUUCUCUGCCCAUCUUACAAACGUUGAAAUGCUAUCUACAAAUCACAGACCAACAGGUUCGUUCAUUUAGUUAGGGCCAUGUUACAAGUGGCACUUUUUGUUGCAACUUACAACGACUGGACCAUCCAGGAUAUCUAACGGGGGGACAAUUUGUUCCGUUCUCUUUCCCAUUGUUAUAUAACGACUAUAGAGCGUUUGCACUCAUUCCCCAGGGACCAACUCAACAAAAGCCGUGGCGGCCAUGUUGGUGUUCCAGACAAAAGAGUCUAAUGGACCUAUUUCCUAAUGAACAAAAUUUUGAUCUAGACGAGUCUAGACAAAAGUUUCAUCACAGCUUGAAAGAGCAUCACAAAAUUAGUAAUAUUCCGAAGUUUCGUUGCGAAAUGUUGUAAAAUGCGGAUAAUAUGGCCUUGCAAAGUUUGCCGUUUUUCAGUCAUUCCUCUUUUCAGAAAGCGGUAUAAUUUCCCGCGCGUAAUACAAAAUGACUGAAAAACGGCAAACUUUGCAGGGCUAUAUUCGCAUUUUACAACAUUUCGCAACGAAAGUUCGGAAUAUACUAAUUUUGUGAUGCUCUUUCAAGCUGUGAUGAAAUAUUUGUCUAGACUUGUCUAGAUCAAAAUUUUGUUCAUUAGGUAAUAGGUCCAUUGAAGUUCUUUUGAAUUGGAACACCAACAUGGCGGCUGUGACGUCAUGUGCAAACGCUCUAUUCAUUUUUCAGCUCGUAAAACAGUUCUUCCUAAAAGCAGUGGACAAAGUACGGUUGGAUGAGACACCUCAAGAAAAAAAGUGAGUUUCUUAUAAAAAAUACAGUACACCUUUGGAAUAUUAUCAAUUAUCAAUUCUACAGUGUAAGUGUAGUGCUGCGCCUCAACCCCAAGCUUUCGUUUAUUCUAGGCACAUGCUGAUGGAUUUUGUGAUAGCAAUGGUUCAAUAUUUGGAUACAGAAGCUGUUGCAGGUUUAUAUCAAACCAUAUUGCCCUGGUUAAAGGUGGGUGAAAUUAUUUAUUCAGCGUUGUUGCAUUGGUAUGGUUGUUGUACUGGUAUGGUUGUUGUACUGGUAUGGUUGUACUGGUAUGGUUAUGGCAUGAUGUAUGCUGUGGUAUGGUAUGGUGUAUGAUAUGAUGUAUGCUGUGGUAUGGUAUAUGGUAUGGUAUGGUGUAUGAUAUGAUUUUUGCUGUGGUAUGGUAUAUGGUAUGGUAUGGUAUGGUGUAUGAUAUGAUGUAUGCUGUGGUAUGGUAUAUGGUAUGGUAUGGUGUAUGAUGAUGUUUGCUGUGGUAUGGUAUAUGGUAUGGUAUGGUGUAUGAUAUGAUUUUUGCUGUGGUAUGGUAUAUGGUAUGGUAUGGUAUGGUGUAUGAUAUGAUUUUUGCUGUGGUAUGGUAUAUGGUAUGGUAUGGUAUGGUAUGGUGUAUGAUAUGAUGUAUGCUGUGGUAUGGUAUAUGGUAUGGUAUGGUGUAUGAUAUGAUGUAUGCUGUGGUAUGGUAUAUGGUAUGGUAUGGUGUAUGAUGAUGUAUGCUGUGGUAUGGUAUCGUGUGAUGUGGAGUGGUAUGGUAUUGUAUUGUAUGGUACGAUGUGGUAUAUUAUGGUACAGUAUGGCAUAGUAAGGUUUGGCAUUAACAUCGACAUUAAUUUCUUGUGUUUUCUUGUCACUUUUGCAGGCAAAAGAUGCAAGACUUCAGAAGAAAUCUUACAGAGUGUUAGAAGAAAUUUGUAGUUCCAAGUCAACCGAGGAAUUUAUUUCUAGUAAUCUCACGGAAAUUCAGGAUGUUCUGGCAAAAAAUUUAACAACGGCGUCUUCUGUUUCUAAAGCGGUAAUGGAAAAUAUUACUUAAUUAUUACUUAAUUAUUACUUAAUUAAAAACCUUUUGAUUGAAAAAACUAACUAGGGAAAUCAAUUAAGCAUAAUUCAAGAUCAGUGAACUCAAUGUUUUCAACAUUAGAAAUGUUAAAAUGUUAAAAACAUUGAGAUCACUGAUCUUGAAUUAUGCUGAAUUGAUUUACCUAGUUAGUUUUUUCAAUUAAAAGGAUUGUAAUGCGCCUUAAAAACCAUCAUUCAAAAGGCUGCAUUGUGCCUUUAACUGGAGGUCACUUGAAGACUGCAUACCUCCAGCAGCGAAUUAAGUUAUGUAUCAUGCAUAAAUUAUACAAUGGGCUAAUUACGUAUUCAGUUUACUCUGCCCGGCAGAACAUGACAAAUUUUAACCAUUUUAUUUUCUCAACAUAUAGCCACGUCUUCGAUGUUUAAUACAAGUUGUCGAGAAACUCCAGCCAGGACAAGAAAUGUUUCUCAAUACAAUUAUACCGGAGGUAAUUUUUCUCUACCCGCUAUAAUUCAAUUCGUACGAAAGAAACAGCCUUGUUUAUUCAAACUGUAUCCGCUUCUUAGGUUAUUUUGUCCGUGAAAGAAGUGAAUUCAAAGGCCCGAACAGCGUCACUGAAACUGAUAGUUGACAUUGGAGAGACAUUUAUUCGUUGUUCAGACCAGAGUAAAAAAGGUAGGUUGAGUCUGAGCGAUCAGGUAUAACAGGGGAAAGGACCAACACUAAUUAUCAAAAAGAAAAUCACUUUCAGGGGGGGCAGAUUGUGCAUGGCCAACUUCAGAAGUCUUAUUAACUAUUCCGAAAUUGACGAGGAGACUGGGACGGAGUGUUCAAAAGUAACAACGUCAGGAAAUGUACCGCUGGAAAAAGCAGCUCAAAAUUAGUACUUAUUCAAAGUUUGACCACAUUUGGAUAAAUAAAAUAUGAAUACAGUACUUUAUUCUGUUUAAAUGUACAUACCAAUAAUUUUUCACGUUUUAUUUUUCUUUAGCUUGUAUUGAGACCUACUUAGGAACUUUGGUUGCUGGCUUUGGAGGCUCACCUAAUAUGGUCAGCGGAACAAUCAUAGCGAUUUCAAAAAUUAUUUAUGAACACAGAGGUAUAUACUCUUUUGAGCCAGAUUUCUUCAUAGACUGUUUAAAUUGUCUGGCGUUAUGUGCAUUACAAGGUGUCCCAAAAAGUGCAAUAGUUGUGUUCUAGUUUUUUUACACAGGUAAUUUUUAGUAGGCAUCUAUUGUCUAUAUAUAAUCUCUUAAUAAUUAUAAUGUUUGUCAAUGGUGUCUAGGAUCUUACGGGGUGCAAGUUUUUGACCAGCUUAUCAAAACCAUGACCAACCUUUUGAUGUCAAACAAAAGAGAAAUUGUGAAAUCAGCCCUUGGAUUUUUCAAGGUGCGUUGUAUAAUAUGAAAUUAUUUUAUUAACAUGUGUGUUACUGUAUAUUUUAGGUUGUAUCUAAAUGCAACAUAUACAUUUACUGUUAAUUUAGGUUGCUAUAAGUGUAACGAGUGCAGACGAAUUUUCACCAUUUUUACAAGAUUUAGUAAGUAUCUGUAUAUUGCGGACCGAUCUUUUCAGCCCAUAACAUAUUUUAAAAUGAAUCUGCCAAUCUGGUAUAAGAAUACGCGAAACCAAACAAAACGCACAAAACCACAAGAGAUAAAAAGCAGACGAAAAUGUUGUAUCUCUUUUAAUUUUGUGUUUUCAGAUCUUAGGUCUUGUAAACUGGAGUGAAGACAGCAGAAAUAAAUUCCGUUUCAAAGCCCAAGUGUUGUUUGAAAGGCUUAUAAGAAAGUUUGGGUGAGUACUGAACAGCUAUAAGAUGUGCCCUAUAGUAAACUUUGGAUUCGAUCAUGUUCGCAAUGCAGCACUCGGCUUACAGGAAAGUUGUAAGCAAUCCCUAAUUUUAUGGCACCUUUAAACUGAUCACUACGUUGAAAUAUUUUUGUGAUUUUAGGUUUAAGGUCAUUCAUGAUUUGGUUCCUGAGAAGCAUCGUAAGUUCGUACGGAAUAUUCACAAGCGGGUCGAGAGAGGAAAACGCAAGAAGAUGGAAGGUCACAGCAAUAGAAUGGUAAGAUGUGUUUGCAAUGGUAUUUCAGAAUAACUUGAUAUUCUAAAAAAAUAUUUUGAGGAUGACUAACACCUUCUACCUAUAUUAUUUCAUUGCAAACGUUAACAACUUCCUUACAAUAAGUUAUUACAAUAACUGCCUUGUUCUUCAAAGUGCCUCGUUCUCCCUCGUGAUUUUUAACGAGAAUUACAAAUAUCUUUUUACAAUGUAGAGGCAAAAUGAAAAGAACACACAGAUUGACAGGUUUGUUCAUUUAAAUUGUUCUCAAGGAAAAGCUGUCAAGAAAAACAUGCUCAUCUGUCCGUUAGUAUACAGUAUACUCGUAGUAUGUUGUACUUGUGUUAUUUUUUACCAGUUAUGAAGACCUUAUGUUUGGAUCUGACGACGAUGAUGAUGACAAAUCUUUUUCAAAGAGGAAGGUACUUAGUUAUCAUUUACAGUAUUAUAUCUACUGGUACGGAGGGAAAUAAUGAAUACUAUGAUCCCUGAUACUGCUAUAGUUAAACAUGCAAGGGGAAGCCAAGUGCAUUCUUGCAAUAGCCAUUUUAGUAUAUUCUGAAUGUUUGAUAUAUAAAUUAGUAUAUUCUGAAUGAUUGAUAUAUAAACUUGAGGGCUCUCGUGGGACUGCAUACCUGAGGUGUUAAAACCUCUUCGCGAAAGUAAUAAUAUUGGGGUAUUUUGCACAUUGAUUUUCAAGGAUCAAAAAUCAAAGAGGAAUCCUCUUUCUAAAGCUUUUAUUCGUGAAAAUGAGCCUGACGAACCUCUGGAUCUUCUCAGUUCAAGUAUCUCUCAACAUGUUACUGGUGUGUAUUUCAUUCUUUAUUUUGCGUUGCAUGGCUAGAAAUGUUGUCGGUUGUUGUUGUCGGUUGGUCGUUUGUUGUUUGUUGUUUGUUGUUGUUGUUGUUGUUGUUGUUGUUGUUGUUGUUGUCUGUUGUUGUUGUCGGUUGUUGUUGUCGGUUGUUGUUGUCGGUUGUUGUUGUCGGUUGUCGGUUGUUGUUGUCGGUUGUUGUCGGCUGUUGUUGUUGUUGUUGUUGUUGUUGUUGUUGUUGUUGUUUGUCUGUACAUGUCUAUACAGCCAUGCUGAACAGACGGAGUAGUUGAAAGUGUUAUACAUUAUCUUUCAGCAACUGCACCAGUGAACAAGCGUGCGAGAGAUUCCGGUUUUGAAGUGGCUGAUGAUGGUCGCUUGAUCAUUCCUGAGGAAGAGGGAAGUUUCAAGAAAUCAGAAAAACCUUCAGGUAUGUAAAGCUCGCGUAGAUAACUUGUAGGCCAUUUUCCACUUCAAGGUAUCGAAAAAAGGUUAAAUUUUAGUGAAUGCUGAUUAGUUAAUACUUCAGUAGUACGCCAAAAAGUUGACUUGUGACGAACCUUUCAUUUUGAUGCGCGAAUACACUCGGAAGUAGGUGAAUUUAUCAACCUAUUUUCAAUCUACGCAUGCUCACGUUUCAGUACGAUACGAUUGAAGUGGAAAACAAGCUAAAGUCCCGAAGGUUGAAUUUGCCUGAGAUUUCCCCUAAAGGGGAUGUUAAAGUGAUGUGGAAUCUCCGGCCUGGCUCGUCUCCCACUCUCCCAUAUGAAAACAUAAAAUUAUAUAGAGAUCAACCAAAUGAAUCUCAUUUGGUUCAGUUUGUAGGAAGUAUGCUUCUGUGAUCAAAAACACUUAGUUACUAAGCUCCUAAAUGUGGCAUUCAGCAUUGAGGUGUCUAGGUCUAGAGUUUUAGCUUGAGUUUCCACUUAAAAUUUCGCCAGGUUCAUCGAUACUAAGCGAAGAUACAGAAAUGGAAGUCUCAUUAACGGUAAGUGUUUUUAUUUAAUAAUGAUGAUGAAUUAUUGUAUUGCUCAUGUUGGUGGAUGACUCGUCUGUUGACCAGCGUUCUUUACAUGUUUGUUAUGCGCGAGUUUUCCGGACACGCAAAGAUCGUGACGAUUCGCGCGACAAAACUCGCAUUGGUAGUGCUUGAUCUUCGGACUUUCGUUCCUACGGUCUUUUACCGAAUUGUUUUCCGGAUCUCUAUUCCGGGUGUUGGUCUGAUCUUCCGGUAGUACGUGAAAUUGUUCUAAGAGCGUUGUUGUUCUAGUUAACAUUCGCACACGUAGGCAUCGUAAUGCGAGGUAAAAUCUCCGUACGGCAUAAAAUACCAUAGUCACAGUUGCCGCUAUACAAAUCGGUCCAGCAAGAGUAGUCGCUAAGCCAGCGAACGUUACGGCUAGAACGGUACCUUGUAGAAGUAUGAACGCCGUACCGAGAACUAAUGAUACACAGAGGAUGAUGCUUGCGAAUAUAGUUAUCGGCAGUGAUCCCAAGAAUAACGUUGUACCCAGGAAUAGACUGGUCUUGGGACGCUUUAUGAAGAACUGUUUCGCUUGUUCUUUUGUUUGCCACAUUUUUAUUCUUAUAUUGGCGUGGUUUUCUUGAACUAAAACAAACACAAGUGAUAAUGUACAUAUGAACAUUUUGUAUAUGCUGCGUAACUUUCAGUUCUAAUCUGUUCUCCUUGGUGGUCCAGUAGGGUCAUCUCUCGUUUAUCUAUUAUUACAGCGAAGAAAACAACGCGAAAUAGGGUUUAGUAGUUUAGUAGUGUUAUCAUAAGAAAACUGGGGUGUUUUACAGUAUAGUAUACCCGAUGUAAUCAGUAUUUAAUAUAAGUUCUUUGUAUGUUUGCAUGGCGAUAAAACAUAUAAUAGUUUUGUUUCCACAAACAAAAGUAUUUAAUAUGUUUUUGAUGGUUGUCUUGUUCAGUAAAGUGUAAAAUUUCUGUGUUAGAGAAAAACAACCCCGUUCGUCGUGGUGAAAGGCACGCACUCCACACACAAGCCACAUAUUCUUCAAAUCUGCAGGACGAAUUUCAGUGCGUCUGCCUACCUGUAUGUUGCACUUGAAAAUUGUAGACAUAAUUAUCAUCAGUAAAGAAAAAACAUUACUGAAAAUGUCGUGAAAAACAUUAAUGACACUCACUGUUAACUGUCCGUUCGUGUUGUAGUGUCAAAUAGUGUCCUUCGGCGCUCCUGCUUCAAUUUUUUUUCAUAAAUUUUUAUUUUCAUCUGUUUGAGACGGCAAAAGCUGAAACGAGAGAUUCCCUGUUUUGUCCUGGAGAAGUCAGCUGUUCUGUGACGUCAUAUGAUUACUUGCGUGAUCGCGCAUGCGCGCGCCGCUGGGGAACUCGAGUUGUAGUUCUAAUUUUUUUCAUUCCCACGUAGGGAAGCAAAAGAAAAUUGAUAGAUGGAGACGACGAAAUGGAGGAAACGUUUGGUAAAAGAUCAAAACAUGGCGGAGACUUUGGUGAAGAAUAUCGAGCCAAGGUAAAGAUCAAUUUCUGGAAAUUACUAGAAAUUUCUACUGGAAAGCAGCCUUUCGUAGCGACGGCUGAAUUUAGUCCACGUAAUCGCCCCUGGCAAUAAGUCGAGUUUCAAUUGUAUAAACCGUUCUGUUUACAGAAAGCUGGCGGUGAUGUGAAAAAGAAAGGAAAACCAGAUCCAUAUGCCUAUCUUCCUUUAAAUACGCAGUCUUUGAAUAAAAGGUAGGGAAUUUUGUUUUCUAACUAAUAUCAAAGCCGCCCUUAACACAGACCCUUGACCCCAAGCCCUGUUCUACACCGUAAAAAAAGUUCGACUUAACUCCGAACUUAAAAUUCUUGCGAAAAAAAUUUCCCCUUCCCUCUCCCAGGAUAUCUAAUGGUCGACCCCUAAAGAGAUCCAUACCGGAUCAUCCACCCACACCAAACUUCCGGUCCCUCCUUUCAUGUGAGUAGCCCAACACUACUCGCGUAAGUAUUGGACCAGUGGAAAUGCUGGGGGAGGUGGUAAAAUAUUAAGGGGGGGGGGGUGCAGCGGUCUAGCUCCCCCAUGGAAUGUUAGGGCUUAGAAUGGACCCCCUAAAGUCAACUAUGGUGACGUAUGUAUGUUCUGUAAAUAUGACUGUACGGCUCAACCAUUUUGAGUUCUUCAUUGAAUUAUCAUUUAACCUUUCACAAGCGGAGGUGCAUGACUUUUCACACCUCCCCUCAUCCUUUCCAUUUUAUCUCAACAAAAUCUUACAAUCUUUUUUACAGGAAACGUGCUAAACUCUCCGGACAGUUUAAAGGAAUCGUGAAAGGUGCGAAGAAAGGCGCUCAAAAAUCCAAGAAGGCACACAAGAGGAAAUGAACAUAAUAUAUUGAGACUCACCUUGAAAUGAUAAAUAAUAUUUAAAAAAUUUUCUGCAGUAUUACUGUUCACUAUGGUGAUUGUAAUUUUCGAAACAAACAAUAGACCCUUCCGUAAAGGGCGUCACUGGCUAUCAAACCUCGUUUUCGUCACUGAGACGCUAGGGAGCUUAAGCAUGUAGGACGAAAACACGACGACACUGUAGUCGUCGCUCUGUUUACAACGGCAAAUCACAGAUUUUUACGUCUUUUAUACAACGCCUGCAUUUCAAGCCGUAACAAGUGUAUAACUUCGGUUGAGUAGAACUCUUCCCAAACAUAAAGCCAAUGUUUUCAACUUCUUAUACUGUAUUAAAUUCAUACGAACUAUAAUAUACGACAAGUUUUCUUUACUAUCAUUUAUUUGAAGGAAUUUGUUUUGGCCGUCGUCGUCGUGUUGCCGUCCUACAUGCUUAAGCUCGCUAUUUUCACAAACACGAAAACGAGGCUCUAUUGUCCUAUAGCUAAAAUGACAUACUUUCCGGAAGGGUGUCUCUCCUCCACAGAGGCAAUUGGAAUAGGCUAAUAUAGGCUUACAUGAAUGGAAUAGGCUUACAUAUGAAUCUUACAUUCAUGUAAGCGCGCACGAAACUUCAUGUAAGAUUCCGAAACUUCAUGUAAGAUUCUUCAUGUAAGAUUCAUAUGUAAGCCUAUUCCAUUCAUGUAUUUCAAAUUAGGGCCUGAACUUCAGGUUAAUUCAUGUAAGCCUAUAUUAGCCUAUUCCAAUUGCCUCUGUGGAGGAGAGAGGAAGGGUGUAUUGAUCUUCAGCCUUGAUAAAUGUAGACUUGCCCUCAGUUGGGUUGAGACAAGUGAUGGUCCACAGUAUCCCACACCUUGUUGAAUUCUUAAAACCUAUCCAUUGGGCCCUAGUAGCGCACGAGCGGCUAACCAUCGUGUCAAGGACUUCGGAAAUUCUACAGGAGAAGAAAAAAAUCCCGUUUCGUGACGAAGCUUCCUGACCUUUAAUAAAGAUCUUACUUAUAAAAAUAUGUGGAAAGUAACCAAGCGAAGAAUGAGCGUGGGCAACAACGUGUGGAUUCCCCAGUGUUAGAGUAUUAAUUGAACCUGAGUAGCCAGUGAAAACUGUCAAAAGGCAUUCAGGGCCGUAGCUAGACAGCUAGGGUGUGUAUAUUCAUAUAUUCAUGUCACGUAGCGUAAAAACAAUCGCUUUCAAAAGAAAUCCGUGUAUGUUUCACGGGAGGGGGGGGGGGGGGGGGGAUAUUUUUUCAAAAACUGAUGUUGGUAAAAGAAAAUUCAACAAAUGCAAAAUGCAACAUCAAUUGUUUAUCUGUUUGUCAUUUUUACUC